UCCGACUCUGAUGCUGCAACAACUAGCUCGUUGCUCUCCCCUCCCUCGAAAAUCGUCACGUCGCACCACGCACCGGCGCUACGAAAUCUCGAUGCGAUCCGAGGAUACAAGAACCGACCUGCGACUACGCCGCCGUGCUCCGUGCCCUUGCCGCGCGCGUUUGCAUGUAUUCUCUUGUCUAGAACACCGGCGGCCAUGGCGCUAUCGGCGUUGCCAACGUCUGCGCUGAGCUCCCUCGAGGCGAUGCUCCACUCCCUGAUGCGAGGGUCAGGGUCACGAGGAGGAGGAGCGGGGGCCGACGACGAUGACGACACGCCCGUCCACGACGACACUCUCUCCUCCUCGCCGCCGCCGCCGCCACUUCCAUCGCGUCCGACUCCGCGCGGCCGGCGCCCUUCGCGGUCGCGGCGCAGAGUCCGGGUCCAAGACACAUGGCCAGCACGGGCGCCCCCGCCACCAUUGUCACCUGUCGAGGAAGACGUGACGACAGCGGCGACGGAGGGUGUCGUCUCGCCCUCGGUGUCGGUGGUGGAGGAGCUGGGGAGAAAGGCGGCGGAGGCCGAGGCGCGGCUGCGGGAGAAGGAGGAGGAGAACGCUGCGCUGAAGCGGCAGAUCGAGAGCUACCAUGUCAGGUGGCUGGAGCACGAGAUCAGGGCCAAGGCCCUGGAGGAGGCAUUCCACGAACAGGUGGCCGCUCUUCAGGACGAUGCGCGGAUGGCCCAAGGAACAGCGCACGACCGCCGCGGGGCCGGGUCGUCGGAAGAGACGGCGGCCGAGGAGGAUCCGCCGCCGGUGAGGCUGUGGCACGGCCGGGACCGCAUGUCCUCGUCCGCGGGUGCCAUGCGGGGUGCGGUGGGCCGCCUGCUCGUCGUCGCGGAGUUCCGGCGGCAAAGCCGCACGCUGGAGCACGCCGCGGAGCCGCCGCCGCCGUGGCAGCCGGCCGCCCCGGUCGCCAACUCCGCCGCCGACCUCAAGAAGCUCAAGGCGCAGCUCCGCGCGUGGGCCAAGGACUACAAGGCCCGGCUGCGCAGGGCCCAGGCCGGGAUCGGCAGGGAUCGAUGGCGCAGGGGCAACUGCUGGAUCCGAACGAGCACUUAGAACAUGCAUAUGCGCACAAUUCUUCUUGGGGUCUCCCUGGUGUGGGAAUUCCUUUUUUUUCCGUGCUCCCAUGAACGAAUUUUGUAAAAGUAGAUCACAUUUGGGGUUGUUCGGUUACACCAAUCCAUAUAGAUUGAGGAAGAUUGAUGGAGUU